CAACCACGGUAUUCCCCCCCACAGGGUUUCCCACAACCACCCUCCCACCCUUUUCUCCAUUCCCGCGCCCCCAUUUCAGCUCCUCCCACCAAUCCAUACCGCUGUCUCGGUACCAUUCCGUUCCUUCUUUCUUUUGUCUAUUCGUUUCCUUUUUUCCUUACCCAUACACUUGCCAAUCACGGUAACGUAAAACGGUUACCCGCACCUCUUUCCCCCAGCCCAGUGAGGAAGAGGAGUGACAUCUGAGGGAGGAAGAAAUCUCUACAGUUCCUACACGCUGUAUAUUACGGCACCGUAACCUGUUGUUAUUGAGGGAGUGCGGGAGAGGGAGAAAAAAGAGGAGCUGGUCGGGAAGAGGAUCGAUUCCGCGGUACAUAUCAAACGGGAUACAGAAGUUGGUCUAGUUUUCCCUUCAGAUACAUACUGUACAUCAAACGCGGUUAUCCGUCGGAAACAUCUUGCGCCCCUGGGGUUGGUGCGAUUAGGGUUUGUUUUAGCGGUCAGAGUUCCACUGGUGCUAGGGAAAUACCGUGCCGUCAUAGUAUCAUACAUACAUACGGUACAGUAGUUUCACUUCCUUCGCCGACGAAGCGACUGCUGUUUUAACUUGGCGUCCUCCCUCACGCCUUCUCCAUUCCCUUGUCGCAACGACCAUCACCAGCGCGCCGUUAUAACUGUCCUGGUCACCCCCUUUCCCACAUUCUCUCGCCAAAGAAAUAAGAUGGGUGUAUGUUUAUCUUGUCUCGGUAUUCGCCAAAAAGACGACUCCGAACAUCAACGCCUUCUUGCGGCCCCAAACGAUCACCUCCACAGCCAUUCCUAUACCAAUGGGAAUUUCGCUAAUUCCUCACACCACCACUCAAUCCCGGACCCUCAAGCGCUUCUUCAUGAACGCGAAUACCUAGAUCGUCUCGUGGCGCAGACGUCAGAAAAUCUUAUUGACAUAUUCGCCCCUCCAACGCUCACACACAGCAACUCUACCGCUACGCCAAAUAGUCGCGGCGAGUGGUAUCGCAGCGUACUCAGUAAAACUAGUCCGCCCAACCACGGGCCCGAAAUGCCCGUCGUUUUGGAUCCCGGUGUUGUCGGCGGUCCCGAGAGAGAAUGGUUGGAAAGUGUGCUGAAAGGCGGUGAAGAGGCAGUGAGAGAAGUUGGCAAGGUAAAGGGCGUCGGAAAAUUGGUGGUUGGGCUGGAUUACGAGGGGUGAUGGCUUCUUUCGUGGCAUGGAAUGGUUUUAAUGUCCGGGUUGAGCAUGGGAAUGGAGGAGGUAAUUAGGGGUUUCUUUUCUUUCUGUUUCACCAAAGCUUAUUGGUUACUAACGAUUACCACCACCACUAACUAACUACACUGCACCACUGACAUAUCUGCUUUUCCCUCCGCAAAUCUUUUUUUUUCCUUGCACUUUUUUAUUUAUAAGGGGCGUUUUUAUUCAUCUCCCUAUCUUCAGUCCAACUUCUCUAUACUGGCAAGCACUGCUAUAACGAAUCUCUUUUUUCUUUUUUGUUGGCAUUAGCUAUGCGAAUGUAUUUUUCUUUCUCGUUACCAUGCUGUGUCUAGGGGAAGUCACCGGCGGGUUUGAGGCGCACUGGGAGGGCGAGGUAUUAUGGGUGAGAUAUUCUAUUAUGUUUUUAUAUAUACAGAUAAUUUUAUCAUUCAGUCGUGCUCUUA